ACCAUUAACACAUUGAAAAAUAAAAAUCAUUUUGCAAAUGUUUGUAUAGGUACUAUUUACAGUAAUAACACUUUGUUGGUGUACCUUCCAUUGUAUUCGGAUCAGAGUUAUUUUUGUUUUAAAUGUUAAUCAAAAAUGGUACUUGAUAUGCAAAUAUUAAGUGGAAAUGAAAAUUGUUUAAGACACAAAAUGAAACUUGACCAAUUAUAUCUUAUACUGAUCGGGACUGGGACUAUAGUCAUUCUGAAGAAUAGCAGUAGUUCUAACUAUAAAUACGUUACGUGAUAUUAAAAGGAAACGUGAGCAUUUUUGUAGGCAUCGUCUUAUAAAACUUGACAACAAUUUACAUUUAUCCACUUUCGUUUUGUAUAUUUACUGCUUGACAAGAACAGUGCAGUAAAUUGACAGAGUGCUGUAAUGGGUAGCAAGUCUACUAAGGAAUGCGCGAGGACAGAUGAAAUUUUCUGUACGGGAAGUGCGAUAAAAAACAGAACCAAAUCAAAGAAAAGGUCAAUGUCAUCCCAAAUUAAUCCAGAUGUGACUAAAAGGGACAUACACGAAAGAUGUAAACGAAUGAUAUAUGCACAAGAAGAAAAACUAAAAGAAGCGGAAGAAAAUAUAAAAAGAAUUGAAAAUGAAAAUGCUGACAAAAUACAGACACUUCGAAAAAUAAUGAAAACAGAAACCGAAAACAUGAGGAAAACGUUUGAAGAACAACUGAUUGAAAAGGACAAAGAAUUAGUCAUACUAAAUGAAAAACUGUAUUUUGUGGAGGAAGAGAAAGAUGGGCUACUGUUAAGGUUAAGUGCGAUGGCUGGUGCAAAACUGACUGAAGGCAAUGCAAAUAUUGCUGAUCUAAGCGAUGAAAACCGACCAACGAAACUGGCGGAAAAAUAUUCGGAACUUUACGACAAUGAGUGGACAGAUGCCUUUGAUGUUCUGACAAAAGAUGGUAAAAGAAAUGAUCAGGAAGCAAUUCAGAUUCUUGCAAAAUCGCUCUGUGUCGCAUACUCUAUCUGCAGAGAUAAGGCAAACGAAGAUUUGAACAAUAUAAUAGACGCUUUGAGAAAAUAUCAUGGGGUGACAGAUCUUCCGACAGAGAUAUUGAAAGAAAUAAAAGAUCAGAGGAAAAAAUUAUUUCGAAGACCUAUAGGCGAUUUAAGACAGAAUUACAAAAAUCAGGCUAAAACGAACAUAAUUAUGGAUAAAGCUGAGAAAAAAGCAAAACCCGUGAAGAUUUUUGUGACAAAAAGCCUGGAGUUGUGCUGGCUAAUGGCCAUACAAGAUCCCCCAGUCUUUGUUGAUAUCAAUAUAGAACGUCACGGGGAGAAAAUGGAUACCGACCUACGGAAGCCUUAUACGACAUCCGGAAAGUACAUCGAGUUCAUCGUCUGGCCUACUCUGUAUCUUCAUAAAGGAGGUAACGUACUUCUUAAAGGCGUAGCACAAUGUAUGAGUGUGAAUAAUAAAAUGGAAAAACAGAAUAGCAAAGACUUUACAUCUAUUUCCAAUGCUUCAAUAAGGUUCGGUACCAAAGACACUAAUACUGACAAUGAAACAACAGGAAAUCUACUUGAACAGUAUCAAAAACCCCCAGUACAUAUUGACAGUCAAAAUGAUGGAAAUGCGAAGAACUUUAACGCCGAAGUAGCAACCAACUCCUUAACAGAUGAGAUACAGACACAUCCAAUACAUGCUUCAUUUGAGUCACAAAAAGCAAAGACGUCCGAUAAACAAUUAUCUGGAAUACCUUCGAAGAAAACAAGAAAAAAGAAGUCUCGCUGGAGCAAAAACAGUCAAUCACAUACAAUGUUUAAUACAAUGCAGGACAAACGUAGUCAAGAACAGAUUAAAGUAGAUGAAAUUACACAUCUUUGAGUGACAGAGCUUUAAAAUUAUGUACGGUAAUCAUACUUUUAAACUUUCAGUUUUUCUGUUUGGUAACAGUAACAGAGGGGCGAAAAAUAUAAAUCAAAGGUUUUCCAGAAUCUGGUAUAUAAACACAAUCGGGUGUAGCAACAUCGAACAUUCCCCCUAGCACCGGCUUGAGCAGAAAUCUUUAUCAGUAAUAGAAUAGACUCAAAAAUCACAAAGGAUCAGAAAAUAUAACAUCAUCGGGUCCAAGUGCGGGGAGACAUUUUACAGUCGCCACACAGUACUAAAAGUCUUAGUGUUGUUACAUAUUUGAAAUGGUCGAAAAUUAAUUGAACAGAUACUAACUACACCUGAACAAGCUCAGGAACGCCAUCUCUGUUUGUUUAAACAGAUCAAAUUUAACUUUGCUUCUAGUUCGAUUUCCGUUUCCUCAAGGUUUAAGCAUGUCGGCUCAAGGACGUAAUGUUCCAUAAUAUUUCUUUCCAGCAGAUUAGAAACAGGUUCCUACCUGUGAAAUAUCGAUUUAAUCCCGUUACAAUUGACGGAGUUAUCCAUUUAUACACACUUAUAUACAGUGGCUAUAUUUCAAUGCUAUAAUGAAACGUGAAGACAAAAUAGAAACCAGGGCUUACAUUAAAGCCCAGAUUUCUUUGCUCUUAUCUCUAACAUAGAUAUUUUCGGAAUUGUGUUGUAUCCUUUAUAGUUCUGUAGUGACGUUAAGAAUAGUUUCCGUUGUCUUUCGAGAGGGUCAAAAUACUCUUCAAGACAAUAACCGUCCAGGCAAGCCUGUUGUUAAAGCAAAGAAAGAAACAUAUUGCUGCAGUUAGAGGUAUAGUAGAAGAAAAUGAUCAAUAUACUUCUUCACAAAUAGCUUACACAAUAGGGCAGUCAGUUAUAUUCUUACUGAUCGUUUGAAAUUAAAGAAAGGUUGUGCAAGAUGAGCCGAGCCCCCAUUUCUUUUACAUCAGACCAAAAGUACAAGCGUUUAGAAUAUGAAAACAAGAGGGCCCUGAAGGCCCUAUAUCGCUCACCUGACCUAUGGACCUAAAGAUCAGAUCAUCAAGAUUAACAUUCUGAUCAAGUUUCAUUAAGAUAUGGUCAUAAAUGUGGCCUCUAAAGUGUUAACCAGCUUUUCCUUUGAUUUGACCUAGUGACCUAGUUUUUGACCCCACAUGACACAGAUUCGAACUUGACCUAAAGAUCAUAAAGAUUAACA